AUGGAGAAGCUGUACCUGGCGGGGAGCAGCAGCUGGACCACCAACAGCUCCCUGGGGAACGGCAGGCUCCGGCUGGAAAAAAACAGCACCGCCGACCCCCUGAAGAGGAACGAGGACAUGGCCAAGGUGGAGGUGACAGUGCUGUGCCUCAUCCUGUUCCUCGCCCUGACCGGGAACCUGUGUGUGCUGCUGGCCAUCCACACCACCCGCCACAAGCACUCCCGCAUGUACUUCUUCAUGAAGCACCUGAGCAUCGCUGACCUGGUCGUUGCCAUCUUCCAGGUGCUGCCCCAGCUCAUCUGGGACAUCACCUUCAGGUUCUAUGGGCCAGAUUUCCUCUGCCGCUUGAUCAAGUACCUGCAGGUGGUAGGGAUGUUUGCUUCCACCUACAUGCUCCUGCUGAUGUCCCUGGACCGCUGCUUGGCCAUCUGUCAGCCGCUGAGGUCCCUGCACAGGAGAGCCGACCGGGUCUCUGUCCUCCUCACCUGGCUGCUGUGCCUGCUGGUCAGCAUCCCUCAGAUCCACAUAUUUUCUCUGAGGGAUGUGGGGAACGGGGUUUAUGACUGCUGGGCGGAUUUCAUCCAGCCCUGGGGACCCAAAGCCUAUGUCACCUGGAUCACCCUCAUGGUCUACAUCAUCCCUGUGUUGAUGCUGAGCAUCUGCUACGGCUUAAUCAGCUUCAAAAUCUGGCAGAACGUGAAGCUGAAGACAGCUCACGGGCCCAACGUGGGGCUGGGCUCGGGCUCCCGCAGCGGGAUGGCGUUCGCCAGGGUCAGCAGCACCAGGCUCAUCUCCAAGGCCAAGAUCCGGACGGUCAAAAUGACCUUUAUCAUAGUGCUGGCCUUCAUAGUGUGCUGGACUCCCUUCUUCUUCGUGCAGAUGUGGUCUGUGUGGGACACCAACGCUCCGCAGGAAGCCUCCCCCUUCAUCAUUGCCAUGCUCCUGGCCAGUCUCAACAGCUGCUGCAACCCCUGGAUCUACAUGCUCUACACUGGGCACCUCUUCCACGACCUGAUGCGGCGCUUCCUCUGCUGCUCCACGCGCUACCUGAAAUCACGGCCGGCGUGUGACCUGAGCAAGAAGAGCAACUCCUCCUCCUUCGUCCUCAGCUGCAAGAGCACAAGCCAGAGGAGCAUCUCGCAGCCAUCCACCACGUGA